UUUGUAUGCCCCUUUCCUUCGUGGCACUCCCGCGCGAUAGAGAGUGACCAAGAGAGCGCGCGCGCGGCCUUGGACUGAGUUAGACUCACAGCCUCACCCACCCAGACAGACAGACGCAGGUGGAGAGGAGAGGAGAGGAGAGGAGACAGGAGAGGAGAACAGACCUUUGCUUACCACAGUGACGCAUACAUUAAGGAAUGGGUUCCGCUGCUGUGCCGCACUCUUGUUUCUGUAUAAUCGUUUGGUCGCUCGCUUGAUGCUGGUUGUGGAGCAAGACCACAACCGACGAGUCCUGUGAAGCUUCGCGAUCGAUUGAUCAGGAGGCGGCCGUGGAGCUGGAUUGGUGUUGGCAAUGGCAGAUUGAGGACUGCGCAAUAACAGCUGGCGUGGGUUUGGGCUUUAGAGGUGUAGAGGGAUGGGCUGCUUCAGUUCAAAGCCCAGGGACGCGCACCGAGCCAUCCAGGAAGCUUUGGUUCCUCACAAAGUGGACUUAGAUAAUGGGAAACGAGUUGAACCAGAGGUUGUGCCAGCAUUCAAAGAGUACUCGUUGGAGACGUUAAAAGCAGCCACCAGAGGGUUUAGCGCAGAGCUCAUCGUCUCUGAGAGCGGGGAGAAAGCACCAAACUUUGUUUACAGAGGCAAGCUUGACCAGAAUCGAAUUAUUGCUAUCAAGCGCUUUCCCAAGACGGCGUGGCCUGAUGCGAAGGGUUUCUCGGACGAGGCUUGGAAGGUGGGUCAAGUAAGGCAUGAGAGACUUGUGAAUUUAAUUGGGUACUGUGCUGAAGGCGAUGAGAGGCUCUUAGUUGCUGAGUUCAUGCCCCAUGACACACUUGCGAAACAUCUCUUUCAUUGGGAGAAGCAACCAAUGCAGUGGGGCAUGCGGGUACGUGCUGCUCUCUACGUUGCCCAGGCCCUUGAUCACUGUUCGAACAACAACCUUCGCCUUUAUCAUGAUCUGAAUGCUUACCGGGUGAUGUUUGAUCAGGAUGGAGACCCUCGUCUCUCGUGCUUCGGUUUGAUGAAGAACAGCAGAGACGGCAAAAGUUACAGCACCAAUCUUGCGUACACACCUCCUGAGUACUUACGCACAGGAAGGGUGACUCCAGAAAGUGUAAUUUUCAGCUACGGAACUGUCUUGCUCGAUUUACUGAGUGGAAAACAUAUUCCUCCGAGCCAUGCCUUGGAUUUGAUACGUGGCAAAAACAUGCUUUUGCUAAUGGACUCCUACUUGGAGGGUCAAUUUGCGAAUGAGGAUGGCGUGGAGCUUGUUCGUCUGGCAUCGAGAUGCUUGCAGUUAGAACCGCGUGAACGCCCCAACGCAAAGAUGCUCGUGACCGCUCUUACCCCUCUUCAGCGGAGUUCAGAAGUAGUUGGACGAUUAGUAUCUCUUAAUCAAUAGCACGCAGGCAUGGCCCUGAUGUAGACACAAUGAAUAGGGGCAUUUUUUUUUCUAUUCUUAUUUUUUCUUUAUCCGGCUUGCGGAAUGGGGUAUCCUUAUUUAAUUGGGACAUGCACUUGCAAAAGCCAAAUGUUGCUACAGAUGGUCCAAGACUCAGUCCACUUUGCACAUUUGCUGCUUUGGAAAGUACGCGUCCCAGAAUUUUGAUGCAUUUUGAGCAGUGGUAACCCAUUUGGGGCUCUGAUUGCAAUACGUCUCUGCAAUUGUCUCGUUCACGCUUCGGUGUGGUUGACUCGUAUCCCGAGGAA